CUUCCACCCGUUUCGUACUAUGAUCGUGAAACAUGGACUGCGUAGACCGUACCAUGCACUCGCAUCAGCAGCAGCUUCUGAAAUUCCUUCUUUGCCCUCCACCACCACCAACAAUUACCCGCGGUACCUGAACCUCCUCUCUUCAUGCAGAGACUUGAAGUCUCUGCUUCAAAUCCAUGCCCACCUGAUCGUCUCAGGUCUCCAACAAGACAAUUCCACACUGACCCAUCUCAUAAAUUCCUACUCUUUGUUUAAAAAAUGUGGUUUGGCGAGCUUGGUUUUCGAUUCUGCUCAAAACCCAAGUGUAAUUUUGUGGAACUCCAUGAUCAGAGCUUAUACAAGAGCAAACAAGCACAAAGAAGCUCGAAAAAUGUACCAUUCUAUGUUAGAACAAGGUGUAGAGCCAGACAAGUAUACCUUCAACUUUGUUUUGAAAGCUUGUACUGCUGCUUUGGAUUUUGAAGAGGGUGUCUUGGUGCACCGUGAAGUGGCUCGGAAGCAGCUUGACUCUGAUGUAUUUAUAGGGACCAGUCUUAUUGACAUGUACUGUAAAAUGGGCGAGUUAACAUGUGCAAGAGAGGUGUUUGAAAUAUUACCUAAGAAAGAUGUUGUGGUUUGCAAUGCUAUGAUUGCGGGUUUAUCACAAAGUGAAGAUCCUUAUGAGGCAUUGGAAUUUUUUCGGGGGAUACAAUUAUGGGGGCUGGAGCCGAACUUAGUGAGCUUGUUAAAUUUGGUUCCAGCAGUGUCCAGAUUAGCUGAUAUUGAUUCUUGUAUGUGUAUUCAUGGUUAUGUGUUUAGGAGGGGCUUUAGUUCAGUGUUUUCAAAUGGGUUGAUUGAUAUGUACUCUAAGUGUGGAGAUGUAGAUGCUGCUCGUCAGGUUUUUGACCUGAUGCAGGGCCGGGAUGAUGUUUCGUGGGGGACAAUGAUGGCAGGGUAUGCAAGUAAUGGGUUGUUUGUUGAGGUUUUGGAGUUAUUUGAUUGGAUGAAGGGAGAUAACACUACGAUGAAUAAGGUUUCCGUCAUAAGUACUCUUUUGGCUGCCACUGAGAUGAGAGAUUCAGAGAAAGGGAAGGAGAUACAUUUUUGUGCUUCACAACAAGAACUUGAUUCUGAUGUUUCAGUUGCUACUUCUAUACUGACCAUGUAUGCAAAAUGUGGAGAAAUAGAGAAGGCAAAACAAAUUUUUGAAGGACUUAGGAAAAGAGAUUUUGUUUCUUGGUCUGCACUUAUAUCUGCUUGCGUCCAAUCUGGUUAUCCUGAAGUGGCAUUGUCUAUCUUUCGAGAUAAGCAAAAUGAAAUUCUCAAACCAAGUGGAAUAACGUUGAUAAGUGUCCUACCAGCAUGUUCAGAAUUAUCAUAUCUGAAACUAGGCAAGAGCAUACAUUGCUAUGCUGUUAAGGCCAAUAUUGCUUCUGAUAUUUCUUUAGGAACAGCCAUAGUAUCCAUGUAUGCCAAAUGUGGAUUCUUCACUUCUGCACUAAUUCUAUUCAAUAGAAUGCCAUGUAAAGAUGUUGUAACAUGGAAUGCUUUGAUAAAUGCAUAUUCCCAGAUUGGUGACGCCUUCCAUGCGAUAGAUAUGUUUCAUGAACUAUGGUCGUCUGGAAUAAAGCCUGAUGCUGGAAGCAUGGUGGGUUUCAUGUCAGCUUGUAGCAUAUUAAAUGACCUAGAUCAAGGUACUUGUAUUCAUGGGCAAAUUAUAAAGCAUGGGUUUGAACAUGAUGUUCCGGUGAAAAAUGCUCUUAUUGGCAUGUAUUGCAAAUGUGGUAACAUAUCCUCAGCUGAACUUCUGUUUAACAGAACCAAAUUUAAGAAAGAUGUGGUAUCUUGGAAUGUAAUAAUUGCAGGAUACGUGCAGGGUGGAUAUGCCAGGGAAGCUAUAUGUUCUUUUCAUCAGAUGAAAUUAGAGAACUUUCAACCUAAUAUAGUCACAUUUGUUAGCAUACUUCCUGCAGUGGCAUAUCUGGCAGCCUUAAGAGAGGGCAUGGCUUUUCAUGCCUGCAUUAUCCAAACGGGGUUUCUAUUUAAUACACUUGUGGGAAAUAGUCUUAUUGAUAUGUAUAGUAAAUGUGGACAGCUCAAUUAUUCGGAGAAAUGCUUUAAUGAGAUGGAACACAAGGACAAAGUUUCGUGGAAUGCAAUGCUUGCAGCAUAUGCAGUGCAUGGGCAAGGAGUCAACGCUAUUUCACUUUUCUCAUUGAUGGAAGAGAGUUUGGUCCAAGUUGAUUCUGUGUCAUUCAUCAGUGUUUUGUCUGCUUGCAGGCAUGCAGGUCUGGUAAAAGAAGGAAAGAAAAUUUUUCAGGCCAUGCAUGAAAAGCACCAUCUUGAACCAGAGUUGGAACAUUAUGCUUGCAUGGUGGAUCUUUUAAGUCGUGCUGGUUUAUUUGAUGAAACUUUAAAUUUGAUUAAUAAAAUGCCAGUGGUGCCUGAUGCUGGAGUCUGGGGAGCCUUAUUAGGUGCAUGUAGGAUGUAUUCUAAUGUGAAGUUAGGAGAAGUUGCAUUGAGUCAUCUUGUUAAGCUUGAGCCUAGAAAUGCUGCUAAUUACAUAGUCCUAUCAGAUAUACAUGCUCAUUCGGCUAGAUGGGGUGAAUCUGGCAAGACAAGAUCAAUGAUGAAUGGCUCAGGGUUGAAGAAAACUCCAGGAUGUAGUUGGGUAGAGGUCCAGAACAUGGCCCAUCCAUUUGGGGUAGGUGACUACAAUUACCAGGCCCCAACUUGAGAGCUGAGAACGUGCAUUUUCUGCUUGAAAAGAACCUGGGACCACCAUUCAGGUAGUUAAAACUCUCUGUGCCUAUGUGCAUUGCCAUGCUGCAAAUUGUAAAGAUGAGAGAAGCCAUAAAAUAUUGUGAGGAAUGCUAUUUACUUCCAUUAUUUGGAGCUGGUAUCUGCUCGGGCAAAUAUUAAUACUCUCAUCAUACAAUUUAGAUCAUCGUGUGCCGGUGGCAAGGAAGCACUCAUAUUUGCCAUUUGCAACUGUAAGGGGCCAUCUAAAUGAAAAUUGGUUUCUUAGCUGGUAUGUCAAUCAAUGCAUCUGGCAUCACAUCUUCAACUAACAAGGUUCGUUCUCUAAGCUGCGCAAGUUUGCUCCAUGCUACCUGCAGUGAAGCUUCGGAUUGUAUGGAAAGAACCAGAUUGAACUGAGAACUAAAUUUCAGGCUCUGUUACGAGAUUGAGAGCUGUAUCAAUUGUUUUCAUUUUCUGUGGGCAGAUUGGACAAGUUUUGUCCAAGGAUGAGAUGGCUCAAAGCUUUGCUGCUGAAGUUGUUUGCUCUAAUGAACAUCACCUGCAGUGGCAAUAUUGGCAGGACGCUUGGACCAAGGACAUGGAACAAUGGAGCUUUCAUUGAGAUUAAAAUGAGAAACAGCUUGCUGGGAAGACCUAGAAAAAUGAAGCCUUGGAUUGUUAGAGCUUUGAGAAUUAGAAGUUAAUUCUACUAGGUGGUGAAUUAGAGCA